CAGUCACUGUUCAUUCAUUCAUUCGGAUCAUUUGAAAAGUCUGACAGUACGUACUCGAGAGUUUAUUUAUCAAAGAGUCAUAAUUUCAAACUGUCGCAUUAUGACUGAAUUGACUGGAGAACGGAGUUUGAGCCCUUUUUUAGCUCUGUACUAUUCUCGAGUGUUUCCUUACGACGAUUUCUGUGGAUGGCUCACUUACAACAGACAUGUGUCGUUCCCAAAUAGGGAAUUCGUGUUCGACUGCGGGAUCGAGGGAACUCACGAACACCUGAGUUUCUCCGAUGCUGUAGCACUGAAAAAUAAACUCAGAAGACUUCGUCCGGAUAAAAUCGAAGUGGGAGCCGUGUUCUCUGCACCACCGAGACAUAUCGGCAAUCUUCCCGUGGAGAAAGAAUUCGUCGUUGACAUUGAUUUGGCCAAUUAUAAUCACGUGAGACAUUGCUGCGCUGGCAAUAAUGAAAGGGAGGUGUGUCACGACUGUUACGAACUGUUGACUCUUGGAAUGAGAAUUAUAGAUAGAAGUUUGAGAAUUGAACAUGGGUUCAAUCACAUACUGUGGGUUUACCAUACCAGGCACAUGUAUGCUUGGGUCUGUGACAAAAAAGCUCGCUACUUGCCCAACAGUUACAGACGGGAGUUGAUCAACAAAUUGCAACAUGCUCACUUUUUCAAGAGUGUGAAGGCGAAAGGGCGAAGCUUUAACUCAGGACUGCUCAGUGAAAGCAUCCAGAGGGCUCUAUCAUAUAUUCGGCCUCGAUUUCAACAAAUUUUAAUGCAACAAAAUUUAUUUGAAGACACUCCAGACAAGAUGUCUCACCUAAUGUGCAUUAUGCCCAACCUUACUGUGGGUGGAGAAGUCCAUUCUCUUAUUCGUAGUCUCGAAGGUCGAGAUAGCUGCCAAAAGUUUACGGAACUCACCAAAAUGAUAAGGUCGAAAGUCGAGAUGGGAAUUCCGGAAUGGGUUAAUCAUUCCAAACUUAUGGAUGAAAUUUUGAUUUGGUACGCUUACCCGAGGAUGAACCAAAACGCCAGCAUCAGCAUGUGCCUGCCGCUGAUCGCUCCGUUUACCACGAAAUCCAAAACCGGUGAGAUAGCCAUUCCCAUAGACAUUGACUGGGCUGAAGACAUGAAUCCCGUGAAUGCGCCUACCAUCGAACGGGUAAUGGAAGAAGUAGAACUUGCCAUCAGGAAUGGCCACGAGGUCGAAGACAAUACGUGUCUCAAACCAUUCCUGAGAAUCUUUCGAGAAUUUCUUACAAAUUUAUUCAACUCGAAUGACCAACGAGAAGAUUUACCAAAUAACAUCAACUACCAAGAACCAAACGUCGACCCACCAAGCAACAACCAACCAAAAAGCACCGACAUGCGAGCAUGCCACCAACAAUAAUAACUAAGCAGUGAACGGCAACCAAGAAGCAUAGUCUUUUACGGCAUUUUUAAACCAGACUCGAGUCUUUUUUAAUGACUCGAUUGACUUUUAAAAUUCGUCUCGUUUUUUCAUCUAAACUUAGAUUUAAAUAGAUUUAGAUUAUUUAAUUUGUAAGAUUUUUGCAAAGAUUAGAAUCUCAUUUUCUUUUCGACAAUUUUUAAAAUUUUUUUCAUCUAAUAUAUUAUAAACGUUCGAACUGUUUAAUCUUUCAAGAUUUUUGCAAUUCUACAACAUCUACAAAAAAGCCAAACGAAAUGCAUACUUUUGAAUCAAGUAUGCCGCACAUAAUGUAACGCAAUGUAAAUAUCAUCACAAGUUGUCAGCGUCGACCGAACUAAAAAAAGCACACGUGAACUAUAACAGAAGUCAAUAAACCUAUUUAAAAAUACACAUGGAUGUAAUUUUGCAAUUAGGUUAUUAAAGAACAUGUGCUUAAGGUUCGAAAUAUGUAAAAAAAAACGUUGUCCUCUCUUAUGAUUAAUCGUCCAAUAAAUGUAAAAUUAAAUCAAGU